UAAAAGGAUUUUAAAUAUAAAAAAUAAAAAAGGUGUAGCUAUGUUUACUGACAAUGUAUACAAGAAUGCAUAACAUAGACGUUAUAACAUUACCCCAAUAGUUAGAGAGGAAUCAUUAGGUGUUGGCACGCAGGAGUAGAACAAUAAAGAUGAUAAAAUGGGUGAAUGACUACAUUUAUUUGAAUCAAAUUUUUGGUUCCAAGUUAAUCUUACACAUUGUUUUUUUUUAUGUGUAUUAUUGGGGUAAAGGAGCAUACAUUUUAGAGAAGCUUGUAACCUGAAGGUUCAACAUUUGAGUCCAGUGUUUUAAUUGCAAUUAACUCAUUGGUAAUGUAAAUAAAAACAUCACCAUUCACUAUCUUGAAAAUAUAUUCCUUCAAAUUAUUUCACAUCAGAUUUUCUGAGAAAUUUGAGUUAUGAUGAGAUUGCUUUUUAUUUUUUAUUAGGUUAGUAAUUGAGUAGUAUCUUUUAGAAACCUAUGCUGAGCAGCUCGUUUUGGAUAUGGCCAACAUCACUUUCUGAUGCUGCCACAUGGAGUCAAGGGCCAAAGUCUGCAGUGGAAGUGAUUUCUCUUCAAGUAUCAAACGUUUCAUCUAUAAUACUUUGUUAUGUGAAUACUCACUAAGGAUGGGAAACCGCAUUUAUGUAUAAAACAUGGUACAUACUUAGGAACUUCACUUAAUGAAAAGGCUAAACUAUGCGAAAGAAAAUACAAAAAAUAAAGAUUAUAAAAGGCGAUUAUCCCUACUGAGAUAAAUUCAUGUAUGAAAAAUAUGACACAGAGAUCAUCAGGCUACCAGGGUCGCUUUAGCUUGUUCCUGUUGUUUUAUUAUCAUUCACUCACAAACAAAGCUACAGACUAGCCGUUGCUAGCACUGUUAGCAUUGUUAGCACCACGAUCCGAGCAAGGGCUAUUAGAGAACACUGUUGUGCCUGAGAACUACAUUUGGAAGAUAUGGUCCCGACACAGACCACAUCCAUGCGCCGUUUACACAAAAGCUCAGAGGAGCACACACUGCUACCUGGCAUGUAUACUGAUCAUGAUCUCCUGCUCUGGACCAGCUUCCUCUCUUCACGGCCCUCCGGUGACUUCAAGUCAGAGUUCUGCUUUCUCUGCCACACGAACCAGCAGCAUGGAGGGAGGCAAGCAGAAGGCGGUGACCUUCAACAGGCUCAUGGUCAACAUUGGAGGGGAUUUUAACCCAGACACUGGGCAAUUCCGCUGUCGCGUCCCCGGGGCUUACUACUUCUCCUUCUCUGUGGGGAAAUUCCCAAAGAAAAUGCUUUCUGUGAUACUGGCGAAGAACGGAGAGGAGGUGCAGGCCAUAGCAUAUGACGACUACCGCAAGAAAGGAAGGAAAAUUCAAAGCCAAAGUGUUAUGAUCAGUUUAAAGGAAAUGGACACAGUGUGGCUGCUUUUGCAGCGGAGUCCUCAAUAUGCUUUGUACAGCAACGCUGGCCCUUACAUCGCCUUCUCUGGUUACCUCGUCUAUCCUGACAUCUCCCCAACCAGCUACAUCAGCAACCAUCUGUCCACAUCAGGGCCGUCCUACCCAAACUGCCCCCCUCAGGCUGACCCCUUGUCCAGAGGUCACACAUCAGAGCAGCCAAGGUCAGCCUUCUCUAUGGCACGGACCUCCACACUCAUAGGUCAGAGUAUCAAGCAGCAUGAAAAGCCACCUAUGACCUUUGAUGUGGAAUACGUCAACAUCGGGGGGCAUUUCAACAAAACCUCCGGCCUGUUCACCUGCCAAUACCCAGGCGCAUACUUCUUUGCCUUCACUGUGGGGAAACACCCUCGUAAGGCUGUUUCUGUGAAACUGAUGAGCGGGAAGGGCGAGGUGCAGGCCAUGGUGUUUGAUGAGGAUACGUCGAAGAGGAGGGAGAUGCAGAGUCAGAGCCUGCUGCUGUCUCUCCGUCGGGGCGAGAGUGUGUGGCUAUACAGUCAGCAGGAUGAGCGCUACGCUGUCUACAGCAACCAGGGGAGGUACACCACCUUUUCUGGCUUCCUGGUUUACCCUGAAGCAGAAACACUCCCACUUCCCACCACCCAGGACAGAACUCAACGCUAAAUGUCUUUACCCUUCAUAACAGAGUCUGAUGUUUUUGUAGAAGAUCUGUUUAUUAUUUCUUUGUAGAUCGAGCAUAAAAAGAAUUCUGUGGUCAGUAUGGUGUUACUACGUUGGUACUGCUUUGUUUGUUUGCUUCUGUAACCCUAUAAUGUAACUCAUGGGAGGAUAUCUGUUGCCAAAUUACGCCACAAGAUGGAGCUGUAAUACAAAAAAGGACAUUAACCUGCAUGCAACAGGGUUAUUUAUGUCCUUGAAGUGUAAUUAACUGUAAGACAUCACAAUAAGAAAAAUAUAUUUUAAAUAACAACUCGUUCAUUAAGUAAUACAGUUGGGUUUUUGUUUACAGACGUAUUUUAUUUGUAUUUUAAAUGGAAAAAAUAGUAUUGCCUGUUAAGAAAUAUUGUGUAAAUGAUGUAUAGUUUAUUAAAAUCUGCUCACUGUAAAAAAUAGAUACAGAUGUGAGUGGUGCUCAUGUGAGUGGUGUUCAUUUGAGUCAUGUCAUCGACGUAGUAUUGCAAAAUUCAAUUGUAGAUAUAUCUGUAUCUCUUGUGAUGUUUUUAUUUCAAGAAACUAAAUAAAUGUAAACAAUUUACUGAAUUCACAAGGUCUUGUUUCUUAUGCUAAUGACAUCAUUUCUUACAUAUUGUUCAAAUUACCGGUCUGUUUAAUUGACAUGUCUGCACUAAAAUGUAAAACUAUAGACUGAUACAUGAUUCAUUACUUUAAUAUGUACACAGUACUGCUUUCUACUGUUAGCUCUCCAUGCCUUGGUGUUGCUGCUGCACCUUGCAUCAGUGCUACAACACUACAGCAACUACAGCAAAUAAAAGCAGUAUACAAAAAAGGAAGUUAGAUAAGAGUCAGCAGCAAAUCGUAAAUAUAUUUUAAUUAUCAAAAAGGAAUUAUCUGUGCAAAAACACAGUUAUGCUCCUGCAUUUGAGGUGCAUUACUGAUACCCCACUGAAAUGAAAUAUCAGCUCUUACAA